CCUUCCAGCAUCGCCUUAAUCAUUUGUAUGUUAUCAUUUAUUUAAAUGAUAAUUAUUUAGGUGGAAAUAAUUUGUACGGAACUAGAAACAGAUUUUUAUUGUAAGCCAAAGGAAAUGGACAAAUUGUUUAAACGGACUCCAUGUCAUGAUUUGUCAGCUGUUUUGAAAAAAUUAUUACGAGAUUUGCCGCAACCUCUUUUUACUGUUGAGUUGAUUGAUGCUUUCUACCAAAGUCAUGGUGUCAAGAAUCCUAAUGACUUGGUAUAUUCUCUUAAUUUGUUGGUGCUAUUGCUACCUGUCGAGCAUCGUUGUACUUUAGAGGCAUUGUUAAAUUUCUUGAAGUUAGUCAUUGAAAACCAGGCAUCGAAUAAAAUGUCGAUACACAAUGUGGCAAUGAUAGUGGCACCAUCGCUCUUCCCACCCCGAUAUGUUCAUCCUCGGGACCAUACCGAUCUAACCGCCCAGGUCAACAUGGCUGCUAUAUGUUGUCAAAUAACGGAAGUUUUGCUUAACAAUGUUGAGAAGUUAUGGUACGUUCCAAUGGAGCUUAUAAAUCAAUUACGGAGACAGUCUGAGGUAGAGAGAUAUCGUAAAUACAAGAAAAAAUAUUGAUUAUAAUUUUGUAACUUACAUUAUCACAAUGCGUGAUUUCAAACUGUUUCAUAUUAAUACAUCAGACGUGUAAGAUAUUAACAGAUCGAAUUUUAUAAGAAUUAUUUUAGAUGAUGCUUAAAGUUGCAUUCAUAAUAUUUUGAAUGAUAGCAUAUGGCGAGUGUCUACUUGCAUGUUAUGAGAUCUGAAAUAUAUAUUUUGUUUCUUUUUAAUUCUAAGAUGUACAAUUAAUCAAUGCGUUACUUAAACAAGUUUUAAUUCUCAUUAGUUAAUUAUUGUAUAUCACAUUUCACCUCAUUUCUUUUUCAUGAUUAUAAUUAAUGUUAUCAUAAUUUCCUUAUUAUCAUAUAUUUAUCAAUUUGCACAUGUAUAAUGAUUUGUUUAGAGGUACAAUAAUUUAGUAGAGAUAGAUUUUCUUUUGGUAGAUUAAAAAUUAAGUAAAAGUUUU